AUGGCGGAUAUAAAGAACAGCAAAACUUCCCAAUGCUUUUCGAAUGAGUCUAACCAUCAGACAAAGACUAGUAGUAGUGAGUUUGCAACCUCACCGGGAGGUGGAGGUGGUGGAGCUAUCCAAUUACCACAAACCAUUACCACCACAAAUAGCUCCAUAGUCCCCAUGGACACUCCACGCUCGCAAGAGUGGCGUUUAGAUUGGGAUACAAAAAUGGAUAUUGCCUUAUUCAAUGCCGUAAUGAAAAUACGACCUGUUGGAAUACACAAGCACUUUCGCAUGAUAUACAUUCAUAGAGAAUAUAAUGCUCUUAGUCCAGUAAAGUGUACGAUACAACAAUUAUGGGAUAGGCUCAAUUUCUUUUUUGAUCUUGAACAGCUUGAUGAAAUGGAAUUCGAAUUUGAAGGAGGAGAGGGUGAUAGUGAUGAUCGAUCAAUAAAAGAAUUUAGCUUGCCCAUGGAUGAUUAUGACCAAUUAAUAGCAGAAUAUCGAAAAGCAAAUUCUUCACGUUCUGUCGAAUCCCCACCGUCAAUUACUAGCAUCACUACUACUACUGCUAAUAUGAAAGGUCAAAAAGGCGGAAAAAAAGAAUUGGCACAAUCACCUACGAGUACUACUCGAUCAACUGCUUCAUCAUCACCGGAACCAGAAGAACCACCGCCAAAGAAAUCUAGAAGAACAUCAAGACCACCAAAGAAAGUGGAAACAACAGCCGAAACCCCAGCUCCAAAAACGCCUGUCAAACGAGGUCGUGGGAGACGUCCCUCUGACCGUGGAUGUCCUGAAGAUUCAGUAUGGGAACAUAUUCCUUGA